AUCAAUGUAUACUUUAUAAAAUGGUCAUAUGUGAUGGUUGCGGUGUCCAAUGUUUUAGUGAUUUAUGCUGCCCAAAAUGUAUGGAAUAUGACAAGAAGAGCUUCUUUUGUACACAGCUGUGCUUUGAUACGAGUUGGAGGAAUCACAAUAAAACUCACAAAUUAUUACUAGAAAAAUCAAAGCGUCCACAAAAUAAUACGGAAACGAAUACACACUUGACCACAGAUAUGUCUAUCCCCUCAUAUACAAACGAGACUAGUGGAUUAAAGGAUAGGAUAAUACACCGUAGCGACCCUGAAGGUCGCCAGGAACAUUUAACAACGAACUUUACAGAUAUCAAUAUUUCAAGGGAAGGCCUAGACACCAAUAGAACAAACAACAUUAAAGCGGAUCAUCCAAUUGAUACGACAGUGCACACACUCAGUGCUUUAGAUAACAUAGAAUCUCUAAAGAUCUACGAUCCAGAGAGUAAUGUGCUAGGAGCUGGAAAGCACGUUGAUCAAGGUAACGUAACAAAGUGGCUAGUAGAUGCCGCAGCAAAACUAUCAAAUACACUCAAUAUGACUGAAAAUUUGCAUAAUAUCAACGUUUCAAAGUUUAACAUGGACAAGAGAAUAUAUCAGAGCGCUGACCAACUCAUGAAUUCCUCAAAGUCCUACUCUUCCUAUAGAUUUAAAAGGAGAUUUAGACAGAUUAUAAUAACUUUGGUUUUCUCCUUUAUACUGUUCUUGUCGUUUGUAUUCUCAACAAAAUUGGUUGACAUUAUAGACGACAGAAUAGCCAAGAAGUUUAACACAAUAUCGACUUUUGGUCCAGAUGAAAACGCAGUAGAUAAGUUCAUUGAAACUACGGAGGAACUCCGUAAAGAAAUCCUCAAGUUGAGAGAACAAGUUUAUAAAAAUGCGGUAGCUAUCAACGGAUUAACUGAUGGAGCUUACAAGGUUUCUGGAAGUGACGAUUCCGCCAAACAAUUCAAGAAGAACAAGUUUGAUAGGAAUGGAACAAUGAUCACUCUCAACAACAAUGCCUCCAGCAACCAAAAUAUAAAUCGGCAAGACAUAACAUCAAACAUUAAAAAGGAUGGACAAGAGUUGGAUGCCACAAGUUUUGUCCCCGACGCUAUAGAAUACGAUGCCAAUAUAACACAACAGUUUUAG